ACCAUCUCCAACUCGUGGACAUUUAUUGAACUGCAGCCGCGACUGCUGCCAUCCCAGAAGUAAUUGCAUUUUCCAUCCCUCGGCUGGGUGAGGACAUGCUUAUCUCAGGAUGUUGAGUCGCUCAGCAUUGCCUCUAUUGAGGCCGCGGCAAGCCCGGCCUCUUAUUCCGCAGGCUCUUCCGCAACUGCGAUACUACAGUCGAACUCAAGGGAUCAAAGGUACAGACUACAAACCUCCCACCAGCUCACAUUCCGGUUCAUCAAGAGAACCCCUUCGAAAAGUCCCCUUCACGACUGCGAGUCCGAAUGCGAAGAAGCAGCAACCUCCAGAUAAGCCGCCCUUCGGCGUUGACCCUGCCCGAGACCUCGACGAUGUUUCUGGAUCAGUCUCAAAGGCGACCAGAAGUUCAAUGAGAGACCAGCAGACACAAGGUGCGUGGCCUCAGGAGGAAAAAGAAGCUCCACAGAGCUCAGAAGGAGAGGCGCAACAGCCUCAACAGCCUCUUCCGGAUUUGACAAAAGGUAUCCCGUCAACAUUGGACGCAGAGCUAAGUCAAGCAAAACAAAGUCAACAACCUCAUGCACGGAAAUCCAGCCUCAAUAUUACCGAAGAGCCAGAUCAACAAACGCCUCCUGAUGAAGGCGGACAAGGUGGUAGCGACGCCCCUCGGGAGCAGUACGUCUCAUCAAGCGAUCGGAAAAAGAACGCAGUCUUCAGAUACAUGUACCUGCUGCUAGGCUUGGGUGCUGUCGGCUAUUCGGUAUAUUUGGGACGCAACUGGGAGAGCGAAGAGGAGGAGAAGAAACACGCUGAUGCUCCCUCAGGUUGGGGACUUGGGCGUUUCUGGAAUCGGGUCCAGGCAAGGUUAGGGUCGACCAUGAGCUACUACCGAGAUCCAGUGACAACGAAGCUGCUGCCGGACGAGGAUCCAGAUCCAAACCUGCGGUUCCCGUUUACGCUGGUGCUCAGCUUGGAGGAUAUGUUGUGUCAUUCGGAAUGGACCAUGGAGCACGGAUGGCGCGUCGCCAAACGACCUGGAAUGGACUACUUUUUACGAUACCUUGGAAGCUACUAUGAGAUUGUGCUGUUCACCAGCCAGCCCAUGGCUAUGGUCGAGCAGGUGUUGAGGAAGCUGGAUCCUUAUUCCACCAUUCGAUGGCCGCUGUUCCGUGAAGCCACUCUAUACAAAGACGGCGGUUACGUAAAGGAUCUUUCGUACCUGAACCGUGAUCUCAAGAAAGUCUUGAUCAUCGACACCGAUCCGCAUCAUGUCAAGCACCAACCUGAAAAUGCCAUCAUCCUACCGAAGUGGAAGGGUGACCCGAAAGAUCAGACAUUGAUUCAGCUUAUUCCGUUCUUGGAGUACCUUGCAACCAUGGGAUUCGACGACGUGCGGGAGGUGCUGAAGUCCUUCGAAGGCACAUACAUCCCGGCCGAGUUUGCGCGACGGGAGAAGAUCAUCCGUGAGAAGUUCGAAAAGCAAGAGGCAGAAAAGCGGAAACACAAACCGAAGAAGAGCGUUGGUGGACUUGGCUCUCUCUUGGGAUUAUCCAAGCCCCAGGAAGACCAAAGUCUGGGAGAGGGCAAGAUGUUGUGGGACCAGAUCCGAGAACGCGGACAGCAACAGUAUAUGGAGUUUGACAAGAAGAUUAAGGAAGAGGGCGAAAAGUGGUUGGCCGAGCGAGAUGCUGAGGAGAAGAGAAUGCAGGAAGAAGCUAUGAAGAGCAUGAAGCCUGGCCGUUGGUUCUCCGGGGUGUUUGAUGGGUUGGUUGGUGGCGGGGAUAAGCCUGCAGCGGAAAAGAAGUGAGCUGUGCUAAUGUCUGGCCGGGCUGUACGAACAAGGAUAUAUCAUUCUAGUGCAUCUUUUGCGACGAGCAAUGGACUUGUCGAGAGAAGCACUGGGAACCCAUUCUUCAGGCAAUCAUCUCCCUUCAUGUAUAAUGGAUACCUUUCGAGUGGUGUUUGAGAUGAACU